AUGUUUUCACCGAUCCUUAUGGGGACGCUUGUUCCGCUCGGCCUAGUCGGCCAAUUCCCAGAUACAGACUGGCACUUCCGCCGUGCAACAAACAGAGAUGGCUUAUGCGUACCGGUUACAAACGUGACUUCACAUGGACCGUACGACGGUCCGUCGCCUACUACGACUGGUGCGCUCUCCACGUCAAUCGUAGCUCCUUCUGUCCCGGCUCUGCCUCCUCCCGACGAUGCCUUCAACUAUCCAGCAGACGGGCAGCUCCACGGCGACCAACCGGCCCCGUACACGCCGAGCGGCGGCCUCGGGACCAAUGGCUCCGCACCCGUCUACCGCGUGCAGAGCGACUUUGACUACCAAUCACUCGCGUUGGCUCUGUACCAGGAAUGGAUCGAGUUAGACCUCUUCCACUGGGGUCUAGCCACCUUCAGCGAGGCCGACUUCGAAGCCGCAGGAAUCAACGCAGAGGACCGCUUCCUCAUCCAGCACAUGGCGGACCAGGAGAUUGGCCACGCCACUGUCAUCACCAACAUGCUGGGCCCGCAGGCGCCAAAGCAGUGCACCUACAACUAUCCGGUCACAAACGUGCGCGAGUUCAUAGACUUCAACCAGAAGCUCACCCGCUGGGGCGAGUCGGGUGUGUACGGAUUCCUACCGCACCUCAACUCCGGCCCAGCGGCACAGCUCCUCCUGCAGAGCAUCACUGUCGAGGCCCGUCAGCAGCUCAUUUUCCGUCAAUUUGGUGGACAGUUCCCCAUGCCCGAGUGGCAUAUAGCUGGUAUCCCCCAGAGCUGGGCCUGGACCUUCCUGGCACCGUACAUCUCGAGUUGCCCGGCUGACCAGACGAGGCUGGUGUGGCAGAACUUUCCUGCGCUGCACGUCCUCAACCAGCCAAACCCGGCUCGAGUCAAUGGCUCAGACUCGUUCAACGAGACGAUCGGGGGCUCGAGCAACACGCUCUCUACUGCCGACAUCGCUGACGACCAGCUGUGCCUUAACGCUACCGAGCAAGGUUCUGACUGCGGCCCUGCCAUCAGUCAGAAUCGCAGCAUUCCGCUCUCGUACCCGGGACGAAAGGUAUUCCUGCAAUGGGACGAGCCUGGCCAAGUUGUUGGGCCCAACAACAGCUACGUGACCUCUACCAACGUUCAGGUGCCCCAAUUCGCCGCCUGGGUGUCGCAGCUAAAUGUCACAUACUCGCCCCUCGAGAACGUGAACGCUACGGAUCGCACGGCGUACACAUUUCAGCCUGAUGUGUCGACGUGGGCUGGCGAUCCGGCUAUCAACGGAACCAUGUUUCUCGCCCUGACGGAUGUGGAUAUGUAUGUUACGCCGUACAACCUGACUCAGAUCAAUCCACACGUGAGGGCGCUUGCUAUAUACCAGGCUGGUUGA